AUGGGUGGCAAGUACUCCCUGGAGAGGAGCUCCGGCCGAGGUGGCACCCUGGAAUAUGUCCCCAAGGCCGUGGGCCAGCCCCGAAGGCAGGGUCGUCACGGCAUCAGCGGCAAGUACGUCGUGGACAACUCCAAGCCUUCCACUGACCUAGAGUACGACCCCCUGUCCAACUACUCUUGCAGGUUGCUGAACAGGGCCAAUUCCAGGGAUGAGAGACCACCCAAGCGGGCCCGGGGUGCCCUUGGCCAGGAGCCCUACACACCAGCGCCCAAGAAGCACUGCGAUGCCUUCAGAAGCUGUGACGCCCGCUUCUCGGACUCGGAGGAUGAGGCCGAGGCGGCCCUAGGCAAUGGGACCCUCUCUGCCAGCCCCCCACAGGCCCGGGCGGGUCCUGAGAGCCAGGCCUCAGCCAAGCUGCCCUGUAGCAAGGGCCUGGAGCCCGAGGACGGGGCCUCGCGAGAGACCAAGGAGCUGGCUGUGCAGUACGAUCUGGGAGACCUUGGGCAGCAGCCCCAAGGCCUGAGCCAGGGCAGCCCGGCCACUCCUGCCUCCACCGUCCCUGCCACACCGGUGCAGGGAGCCUUCAAGGAUGCAAAAUCCAAGAGGAAACGAGGGGAGCUGCUGGCCGCCAGCCACAAAGACAGAAGUCGGAAGAAGGACAAGGGCAGGGCCCAAGGGAAGCCAGGUGAGAGGAAGACAUAA